CAAAUAUUCAAAAAACCGAUUAAAACUUUUGUAAAAUAUUGAAAAUUUUCCAAUGGAAAUUAUUUUUUCCCCAGAAAUCACCACAAUUUACAAGAAAACCUUAAUCUGGCAUCCCAAAUACCAAACGUUGACAUAUGGAAUAAAUGGCUGUUAAAACAGAGUGUCUAUUAACGCAGAACAUUUUAAUUAAAAUUUGAAUUUCAUAGAUUUUUUACAACAAUUUCUAUAAAAAAUAUUUUAAAUAAAAAAAUUAUACACAUUUCAUUAUAACUUAACUGUGCACAACACGAUCUUUAAAAUCUAAUAAAUUAAAAACAAAAUAAAUGAACAAAUUAUUAUUUUAACGGAAUUCUGUUAAUAACAUCCAUUAUUCAGUUAACAGAAUUCACCAACGCAGCAACACACUCAUUUCCAUGGGAAACGAAUAUUUAUUUAUUUUAAAAAAUAUUUUUAACACAGCAAUCGUUGUUCCUUGUGUUAAAUUGAAAAAAUUAAAUUUCAAAGAUAUUUUUUAAAAAGAAAAGAAAAAAUUUAAUUUGUUUCUAGAAUUUUUUAAAAAUUUUAAAUUUUUUCUUUAAUUUUCUUUAAACAAAACUCCAUUUACGUACCAACAUGUCGUCGGCGGAUUUGAAAAAAUUGGAUAACAAAAAUGAUGGGAAUUCUAAAAAUGGAGAUGAAGUCAAACCUGGCACAAUUACUCGAGCACCGAAGCCUAUAGUCUUGUCUUCACAGCGUUUUAAUAAAAUUAUUAAUAAUGCUACCACUACGGAUCAUUCCAAAGCGCUGGCAGAGGCGGAAGAGAUACAGAAAUAUAAGGAGCAGCUAAAGGCUGGAAAUGAUGAGUUAGUAGCUCAAUUUAAGGGCAAUAUGCAGAGAACCCAGGAACAAAAAUUGCAGCAGAUUAAAGAGCAAAUGGAUAAGAAAACUAAACAAGGCAUUGCUGACUACGAACAGGCCAAAGAAAAUGAGGCACAAAAGCGUCAAGAGAAAAUAGCUAAAGCUCAACAGAUCAUGGAACGCCUUAAGCCAGGUCCACGUGAACUACACAGUGCUGUGCUACAAAGUGAAGUUUUGCGAGCCCGUAACGUACAACGCAGCAUAAAUGAAGAAUUCGAAAAGGUUGCAGCAAAACAAGAACGAGAAACUAAGAAAAUGUGUAACGAACAAGCAUUAAGUUGGAUUGGCGAGGAGCAGCAACGUUUAAGUGAACGUCAAAAGAAUACAAUUGCCUAUAAAAAGGAACUAUUGCAGACCAUUAAUGAAAAUCAAAAGCAACGUUAUGAACAAAAGAAACAAAUGAUAAAGGAGCAACAGGCCGCUAGAGAAGCUACCGAUUUGGAGAUCAAAGCACAAAUUGAAAAGGAAAAAGCUAUAAUGGAAAAGAAAAAAGAAGCCUUGAGAAAGAAUGCCUUGGAGGCAAUGAAAAUGGUAGAACAGAGGAGAUUAAGAGAUCGCAUGGUUGAAGAAGUCGAAGAUCGUCUAUGUUGUGUUUACAAUACAGGCAAAAGCCAGUUAGAUGCUCUACGAGCUGAACAGACCAAAAAACUAGCUAACGAACAACAAUUAAAGAUUGAGGCAGAAGUUAAGAAAUUAAACAACAUCGAAGACAAAUCAAAAGCCCUCGAAUCUGAGCGUGUAAGACGUGACAUCACAACAAUGCAAUUGAAAUUUACCGCUGAAGAACAGGAAAAGGUGCGCAAAGACAAAGCAGCCAAACAGGCUCGCAUAGAGGCUUAUCUCAAAGAAAUGGAACAACAGAAGGAGGCACAACGUAAAUUGGAUGAAGAAAAACGUUUUGAAAUGGCUCAACGUUUCAAAAAUACUGAAGUUAAUUGUUUAUUCAAUGAAAAACAAAGAGCCGAAAAAUUGCGACAAUUCCAAGAUGUACGUUCACAGCUCAAUAAGCAAAUUGAAGAAAAUAAAACACAAAAAUUGGCUGAAAAACAAGCAGCUAUUAGUUGUUCGGACAACAGUGUGGAGAAAGAACAUAAAUUCUUCUUGGAAUAUGCUCGUAAUCUUAUGGAAGAUGCUCAACAAAAAGGUAGACCUUUAUAUCCUUUCGUUAAGGUAGUGCAUCAAUAUAAACGUGACAAUCAAAUUGAUUGUGAUCGUAAAGUAGCCAAACAUUUGCAAUCUAAUGUUCCUAUUGGGGAGAAACAUCCAAACACUCAAUUAACUUCAGAGAAAACCGAUAAAGAACCUCAGGAUUCUACCAGAGAAAGUAUUUUACAGAAUUGCUUAAAAAUCAAUGAAAUUAUCAAGGCCGAUUCAAGCCAACAGGAAAACAAAACAGCAACAGAGAAUGACAUACCCCCCAAAGAUGAUUGUGCUCUACAUCUACAUUUACGCUACAGCAUGGAUGAGUUAAAGAAAAUGAAUCAAUUCUCAGCACCCACUUGUCAUUAGAGCUACUUGCUUGCUGUUCAUUAGUUGCAUAAACUUUUUCUAAAUAAAUAAAAUAAAUUUUUUUAUUAAUUUAUUUAUUAAAAUCUUUUUAAUUCAUUAUAAAAAAAAUUCAAAAAUUAAGUUAUUUAAUUUUUUUAAAUUGUAUAAAAAUUAGCAAAAAUAUUUAGGUCUCAAACCUUUUUUAAAUAACACAUAAUCUUAAUUGUUAAUUGUUAACUUAUUUGUAAAUUUGCAGUAGAUUGGUUUGUUUGUUAACUUUUUAAUUUAAAUUGUUUAGUUGUUGUUUAAUUUAAGAUUUUUUUGUUUAAAAACUUGAUUCUGUUUUAGUUUAAAUAAAAUUUUUAUUUUGUUGAUUCUUAAAAUUUUAGUUUCUUUCG